UUGUGUGUGUCUGUCACUCCUCUCUACAGUGUAUCAAGAUGAAAGUGGUGGUGGUGGUGUUGGCCGGCGUGAUGGGUCUAGCAGCGGUGAUAGCUGUUCCUGAGGUAGCCAGGCCCUUAGCAUCAGUAGGAUUGAUGGGGGAUACUGAGAGAGAACAUAGGAUCUUCGCGUUCUACACCACCACUUCUUCCAAAGCUCUUGCUACAGUCACCAUCACGGCUCUGUCCACCUGUGUGUCUACUGUCGCUGGUACUCCGUGUACUGGCCGCAAGAAGAAGGCGAUUAUCGACAAUAUGCAAAUUUUUGUUGAUGACUCCUUGAAUACUGGAACCUUAUCUCUGUCGGGGAGUCAAGUAAACGACGACGAAGAUCUAGGUAUCCAGAUGGAACGACAAGAACGUGAGGUAGUGAAUGAGAGAGAUGGUAAAAAACUCACCAUCUGGUCUACUAACAUCAGUACCCUUACCCUCACCUCAACUUCCUAUGUUGCCGGAACUACCGUCACAAUCAGUGCUCUGUGUGCAGCUCCCGGCGUGACCCAAGGAUGUUUCGGCAAGUAAUAACACCUUCACCGCCUCCUCCGAUCCCUUCAACGUCGUGCACUGGGUCCUCGCCUGGUCAAAAGAUGGCACCAUAGGCAACUUGGCGUCUCGAACUAUUAUUACGGAAACUCAAUAAGGAUUUAAUUUAUUAUGUAUUAUAUAGUUACGUUAUAUGGACUGUCUUCCUCGUGUAUAUAUGUUAGUAAAUAAACACAAUAUAUAUAUUUAUAAACCAUUGA